UGAAUCAGUUAUUUGACGGCAGUUUGAUACUCUGGUUGUUGAUACAUUGAAAAUUGAAAAUUGAAAAAUUACAUUUUGGGUUCACAAUAAAAUCUGCGUUAUGAAAUUUACAAUUUUCCUACUUUUGCAAGCAUUUUUAUUGUAUCCAGCUUUUAUUAGAACCAAUGUGGUCUGGUGCAGCCAAACAAUAGACGACCGGCCACUUACCAAAGCAAAUGAUCCGCCAUCCAAAAAGCAGCCUUCCGAUGUUAUAAAAGUUGUGUCUGGUACCAACGUAAAACGUUUGGAGCGAAUGACGGUUCCUUUGAGUGGACAAUUCACGCAAUAUCCGAUGUAUUUUGGUUAUAAUUACGCAGUCCCUCGUUGGCAAGCAUUUGCGAGUAUUGUAGGAGAAGGAGAGUCUGCCAUAAACGGAAUCGUUACCUUUCAGCAAUUGCCUUACAACGGUGACAUUAGAGUGACCAUUAAUAUAACUGGACUGCCAACAGGAAAACACGCUAUUCAUAUACACACAUACGGAGAUUUACGAGACGGUUGCAAAUCAACUGGUGGGCAAUUCCCUAACAAUUUCAUAGGCAACGUAGACACCAAAGAAGAUGGAAGUAUCUCAUCAGCCUUUCGGAGUUCGUAUCUUAAUUUGUUUGGCUUCAAUGGAAUUGUAGGGCGUUCAAUUGUUAUUCAUGAAAAACCAAUCGAUGUAAAUAUUGCACUCAAUGCUGAAGUGUUUUCUAGUUCACUGCAAUCAAUGUCCGAUGCCCUGGCCUAUCAAAAUGAAGAAAACUCUGUAGGUCCCGCUAUUGCAUGUGGGAUUAUCAGUAUAACAAGCACAACGCCGGCCACCGUUUCAGCAUAG